AGCCUUGUUCUCAAAAAGGUCCUGUUCGCUUCGGGAUGCUGGUCGUGUUUACCUUCUUCGCCCUCCUGUGCCGAUGCGCCUCGCAAAGCCCCUUUGGUCGCAGAGCGCAAGGCGCAGGCGUUGGCUGGAACAGCCAAAUGGACUUCGCAUCCGGCUUCAGGCCAAACUAUGUGCCAGAGCCCCGCCAGUGGGAGCAUCGCCCCUGGCACCAGCACAUGGUGCAGCCUUCGGAGCCCCAUCCCAUGGCCGGCUUCCAAGCGCCAGCGCCAGCCCCCGCCUGGCCGCAUGGCGCAGGUCAAGGGGCAGCCGGAGCGCGGGUGGAGUGGCCAAAGCCGGUCCCGGAGCAACCCGGGAUGCCACUUGGGACGGCUGGACACCAGGAAAGGGAUCACCCAGCGCAGGGCAGCAGUGUGACCUGGGUUGCUACUGCAAUUGCGGUGGGCGGUGCCCUGGCCCUUGGCUUCAACCAGUGGGAAGGCCGCGUGCUGGACACGGCAAAGCAACUAUGGGCCCACGCUUUGGCCUUGCACGAGGCUUUCAGCGCAAACAAGCCGGAGAAUCGCGCCGAGUUAAACAGGCCUAGCGUAGAGUUGGUGAAGAUGGAAGCGCCUGCGCCGGUGAAGCCAGAACAGGUUGCAGAGGGCCCGGAAGAGGUGGCCUGCGAAGAAAAGCGCCAGGCGAGCGAAAAAGACGAGGACGAAGUGGAGAUGGACAUGUGGGAUCCUCCCCAGCUUCCUCCGGCAUCACAGAAGGCCGAGGCGAUGGAACCUGACGGCGACGCCCCUGCGCGGGAAAUUGUGGAAGCACGACAGCCAGCGGAGCCCAAGACGGAAGAGCCCAAACGCGCACAUCGCCAGUGGAGGGGCCGCGGCAAGGCCAAUGAUGCCCAGCCGCAGGGCCAGCCUGAACCGCAGAGUCAGCCUGAGCCAAUAGACUGGCUCAAUGACAGGGGGGAGCACAGCUUUUUGGAGCCGUCGCCGGAUAUGAAGCCACCAUCACCGGGGUCCAUGAAAAAGCUGCAGAAAGCCCGACUGGCCCAGAAGGCGCUCGAAAUCGAGGCUUUGGUUGAAGACUGGAGCUGGGGAGCCGGAGAGCCCAAGGCCGCCAACGACGGCUGCAUCUACUUUGCCGGCGGUCCCCCGAAGCAAAGCGAAAAAGCCGCGGCACCGAAGGCGGCGAAACGAACGUGGCGAGCCGGAGGAGCCGGAGGAGCUGGAGGCAGCGUGGCUUCUUCCAGGGCCAUGUCAGCAGAAGAGGAUGAGCUGCUCGAUCUGGACGUCAAGUUGGAGGAGGACGGGAAGUUCGUGCUGGCCAGACCCUUGCGUUUCCGCCCCCUGGGGUGCAAUGUGCGGCUGCCAGGCAGCCGUGAUGCCUUCUUGCCUGUGGAGCACAUCACUCCAUGGACCGAAGCCUCCACCAACGCUGUGCGGAAAACAGUUACAAAGGCCGCUGAGCAAAACAAGGGCCGCAUUCGCGUGCGAGAGAUUGGGGGCAACAACGUUUCCAUGCUGAAGCCCAAUGAUGAAGCAAUGAGAGGGCAGGAGUUGGAGGCUCGGCGAAGGAAGCUGGAAGCGGGUAUUGCCAAGCUGCGAGACAGCUUCAACCCGGGCAAGUGGCUGGUUGGAAUGGUAUCUUCUGUGCAGUCCAACGGCAUCUUCGUCAGCGUGAUUGAUGGUCAGGAUGCGCUCAUUCCGACGAAAGAGAUCCCGCCCAAGCUUCUUCAAGCGGAUGAGGCGGAGAAGAAGCCAGCGCUGGACGUUGGGCAGGCUGUGUCCUUCCGCAUCAUCAGAUACUCCUGGCAGUCCGAUGGCUUCACUGGCUCCAUGCUUCCGCUGCCCACCCGUCAGGAGAGGCCACGGAGCGCCAGGCCGAGACAAGGAGGCUUUGAGGAGCAAGAGGUGGAGAGGCCCCCAACCCCCGACAACUCGGAAAGUGCCAAGAGGUGGGCUGAAAAGGGUUACAGCGUGAUCACCAGCGAAGCAGCACUGGAGCUGAAUCAGUGGUUGAGAUCAAAGAUGGAGGACAAGAAGUCCAAGAAGAGCUCCAAGGCUUUGGUCAAGGCCAGUGGCCUCAAGUACCUGGUCAAUGUGAUGCGGGGCAUGAACACAAAGGCUGUGGGGAACGUGGAGGUGGAAAAGAACGUUUCGGAAAAAGAGGUCAAGCAAGCAGCUGUGGAGCUGCUGCUCGCUGAGGGCCACCUAAAGGCGGGAGAGCAGCACAAAGGCAUCACCAUCUCCAAGAACACCAUCAGCGUGAAGCUCUAGUUGCGUUUCCUACGAGGGCGCAUCUGGGGUCUCCUCCA